ACCCGCCGCUUUUGCUGCCCGUGUGAGCGGGAACUGUAGCAGGCGAUACUAAAACCGCGUCAAAUCAAAUCUACCAGCUAGCUGGUCAAGCAAGUGCCCUUCCUUCUGCAUCGUAUACACACAUACGACCACUGGCCGACAGAUCAACCGACAGAGGCCGUUGAAACCAGCGGCACAAACAGCAAACAGAAAGAAGGAGCAUGUUGACGUCGAUAAUGUUGAAGACCAUGUUCCUUUUUAAUGCAGUCCUUAUAUUCUAGACACUUUUGGUGUAUGCGAGCCGGUAUCGCGACCGGGCUAUUUGCUCUUCGUUUCAUUGUCCCUGCAGUCACUUUUGUUGUUGUUCUUGUUGUCGUUGCCUCCUGCUCCAGCUGGCUGAUGAAAACUCUCGAAAAUGAACGACUCUUCCUCCUUUGCUAGCCUUCCUUUUAGACUUCUGACAUACACGUCGUCCGAUAAUGAUAACAAUAAUAAUCAUCAUCAUCAACAUCAUACAGAAGUAGCAGAAGGGAAUGAUCUAUAGAGACAGGAAUAUGAUGAAAUGAAAAGAAAACUGAGAAAAGUUGGUUCUAGAUGAAGGAUUCCUGAUGACGACUUGAUGAUUCUUGGUGGCCGCUGAUGGUAAUGGUGAUUCUGUUGGCAAAAAUGAUAAAGUUGGAUCAUCCUCGCUAACGUCAGCACCUCCGAAGAAUCACGUGAAGUAGCAACAACAAUCGGAAAGAUAGAAACGCCGAAAGCACAGCCGCGGCAAUUGAAUACGACGGCGUGCAGGCAUGUUGACGGCGUCUGACAACCUCAUCGGUGCAGAUGAAGACAGGGCGAGGGGAACGCAGAACUUUGAUCAAACAAAGGACCUCCAUGUACACAUAACAGGCGAACGUGAAAGAAGAAAUAUUGAUAGUAAAAGGCCGAAACCGAAAGGUUGAGAAUGCAACCUGUUCUCGUCGUCACAAUCGUUUCACCUACCGGUAUCGUGGCGCCAUCGUUUCUCAAUAGGUGAAGAUUUCUCUAAAGGACCAAAGUUAGUGCUACAGACCCAGUAGCUAUAGCGGAAUUAAUUCAUUAUUGCACGUUGGCGGUUGCUGGAUCUUACGUUCAGGGGAUAGCGGUGGCGAUAUUGUAUUAGUUGAAGUCGAUGGCGAUGACGAUCACCAAGAACCGAAACACUAUCGAUGCAACUGAAAAAGCAAGAAUAACAAAAAAAGAAUAGUAUCGAGUGAUGACAAGCGAGAAUCUGGCCAUGCGUGGCUGUAUGCACCGAAUUCUACACGUAACCAGAAGCCAAAGCGGCGUCUGAUAUAAAGUCAAAUUAUCAAGUACAUUGGUUCUUGCAUAGCGAUGAAAACUACAAUGCUGUUAACCCUACGUAGCUGCUAACAGGUUAGUUUUGUACGCCAACAGAUACGUAAUCAUUAUGAUACGUUUUGAUCGUCAUGGACGCGGUAGCAACAUGCUGCUCGAAGCCUCUGAGAAGAAACGAGGUUUGACUUGGAUUGGUGUCCAAAACGAGUUCGGAUCUGGGGGAAAUCUGGACUCACCGAUCUCGUGCGGCAACGUGCGCAUAAUUCGAGCUAGGGUGAAGAAUGAAAUCUAAGAAGGAAUUCUGCCUCAGAUGACUGCAGUGUUAUUCACGGAAGUAAUAUAACAAGAAUCAGCUUAUUGGGUAAUAGACAUUAGUUGCUUUGAUUACAUCCGUCCUGUUGCCGUGUACAAAUGAAGCCAGAAGCGAGCGACGACUCCGCCAUGCAAAUAGAGUACCGACACCGAACUGCUGGUUAUUGAUGACCCCGUACGAUACACAAAUGAUGACAUACACAAAUUUGUCAAGCGGAUCAACCCGGACGGAGCGUGCGAAAAGCUCUCGUGCUACGGCGUGGUGGGACUGGUCCGAUUUCUCGAAGGGUACUAUAUGAUAUUGAUAUCACGACGCAAGCAGGUUGCUGCAAUUGGACAGCACGCUAUUUAUAAGAUCGAAGAGACAGUGAUGAAAUAUAUUCCAUCGAAGCCACCGCAACAUCCCGAUGAGCCACGUUAUGUCAAGAUGUUCACAACUGUUGACCUCCGCUCAAAUUUUUACUUUAGUUACAGCUACGAUCUAACUCACACGCUUCAGUUUCAUCUAGCGCCUCUUUGUCCAGAAGUCGAGGAUCUGCCGGUAUGGGACGUCUUGGCAGCCGCAGAUGAGCCGCGCUCCGUGAUUAGCGAUCUACCUCGGCCGCGUUUUGGCUCUCAGAAUGGAAAACAAGCUCAUAUAGAAUAUCCCCAGUCGGGACAUGGUAGAGUUCUUGCCGGACGGUUGCAACCCAAUGAAAAGUUCGUGUGGAAUUCAUAUCUGCUCGAGCCCCUCAAACAGGCCGGAGCUGAGCGCGACUGGCUGUUGCUAAUCACGCACGGAUUUGUUGGUCAGGCAAACAUAGCAUUCUACGGCAGACCAUUGUACCUAACGUUAAUUGCGCGACGAUCCCGGGAGUAUGCUGGCCCAAGGUACCUCAAACGUGGAGCGAAUUUUGAAGGAUUCGUUGCCAAUGAGGUCGAAACGGAGCAGAUAUUACAUGACAGUUCCAUUUCAUCGUUUGAGCAUGGCCUGUUCUCUAGUUAUGUUCAGAUGCGGGGCUCUGUACCUGCACAUUGGUCCCAGGAAUUUAUUAAAUAUGUGCCUAAGCCCCAGAUUAACAUUGAUAUCUUUGAUCCGUAUUAUGCCGUUGCUGGAAUGCACUUUACUCAAGUGUUUCAGCGUUACGGGUCUCCCGUGAUGAUUUUAAAUCUGGUGAAGAAAAAAGAAAAGAAGAAGCAUGAAUCGUUACUGCGUGACGAAAUGCAAUUGGCAACCGACUAUUUGAGUCAGUUUUUGCCCCAAGACAAUCAGCUUGAACAUAUCCCCUUUGACAUGGCCCGGCAAAACAAGAAAAAGGAUGGUAACGUCAUGACCAAGCUGGCUGUGAUUGCGCAGUACACGCUGAAACGAAACGGGAUAUUUCUCACGGCAAAUUGCAAUCCACGGAAAGAUCUUAAGGCAAUUGGCGGGGUGACGACAAAAGACGGCCGACGACUUCAGACGGGUGUAACCCGUGUGAACUGUGUAGAUUGUCUUGACAGAACGAAUACAGCACAGUUUGCGCUUGGGCGUUGCGCACUCGGCUACCAACUGUACGCGCUGAGAGUGAUCCCCGAACCAAAGGUUGACUUUGAUACAGACUGUGCCAGUAAACUAGAGGAAUUGUAUGAAAAUCACGGCGAUAUCAUUGCGCUACAGUACGGUGGAUCACAACUGGUGCAUCGCGUAAAGACCUACCGCAAAAUCUCCAAGAUAACAACACAGUCGCGAGACAUUUACAUGACAUUAUCUCGAUACUACAACAACAAUUUUUCCGAUCGCGAGAAACAGGAUGCAAUGGACGUGUUCCUCGGCAUCUAUCGCUGCGAAGAUGGAGCCAAGAACCUGUGGGAUCUCGGAAGUGAUUAUUACUUGCAUAAUUCCGUGCCAGCUGGUCGAGUGCCCUGUCAUCGACCGCCGUAUUCAAUGUGGUGCGACGAAGAAGUUCUACUCAGCCUACCGUUUGCACUCGAGACCACUCACAAACAUCGGGCUGUUACUGAUAUAUGUUUGCUGCCGUCCUACGAUGAACGUGUCGACGCCUUCCAAGACCAGUACAGGUCGCACGAGCUCAACGCUCUUGAGGCUGUCUAUAGCAGUACGCCCGAAAUGACGACCAAGGACCCUAAUCCGUUCGCGGUUUCUACCCCCGGUAGACCGCAUGAGGACAAUAUGCCUCAGAAUCCAAGUCUGUCUGGGGAUAGUACAGCAUCGAUCUCGAAAAAUGAAAAAGAAGAUGACGAUGAAAAAGAUGAUGAUGAUCAGGACACGGACAGCGACGAUUUCGAUAAUUUUAUCUUGCAAAGAACUGAUACCAUACCUGUGGGAAGCCAGGAGCAUAGGGAUAGGAUGACUCAACAACAAUUGGCAAUCAUUCGUCCUGAACCAUUCACAUUUGAAAAGGUAUUCCGCUCUAUGAAGGAGACUUACGGGGCUGAAAUUAGUCAUCCCUCCAUCCGGAGCACAACAGUGUAUCAACGCUACGCCGAUAUGGACAGUUUUAAUGAUAACUUUAGUAGUGGCUUUCUGGACAGUGAGGACAGCAUCUACAAAAUCAAGGAGCCGUGGGUGAGCACGGAGAGCUUGCGAAUAUAUGAAAACUAUAUUGGCACAGCGGAGAAAUUAUUCGGUUCAGACGAAAGAAAGCUUCGAUUUUAUCAGACUCAUGUAAGCAUGGCUAAAUUCUAUUGACGUGGUCAGGAAAAACGGCAUA